AAAACAGACCAUGUCAUGCGAUUGCUGAACAACCCUCGUCGAGAUCGCGCCGUCCCUCGAUAGCAUUGCCAUGCCACCCCCGCAUGAUGGCAAUGUCCACCUCCCCUUCGCGGAGCUAAUGAAGCUCCGCAAGAUCGACGACACCACCUACCAAUCCAUCGCCCUGCCCUUCACCCCCGGUGGCCAGUUGCGCAGGUCCGUUGACCGAGCAUAUGGCGGACACGUCUACGCGCAGGCGGCCUGGGCCGCUGCCCAGACGGUGACGGAGGGCUUCCAUAUAUAUAACGUCGUCGGCACUUUCAUUCUCGGAGGUCAAUUGACCAUUCCGUUCAUCUACCACAUUCACAAGAUCCGCGAUGGCCGAUCCAUUGCCUCGCGCGCCGUCACCGUGACGCAGGGCGACAGCGACGCCAUCUGCUUCAGCGGCCUGAUAUCCUUCAAAACGCCCGAGAGCAGCCUCAUCGACGUGCAGGAGCCCGUGGACUUGUGGGAAAAGUACAAGGUAGUAUUGCACGGCAAGAAACCCGCAGACUUUCCCGAUGCCCCGAGCAUGGACAUUCCCUGGUUCCUCGCCAUGCAGAAAGAGACGGGAUAUAAGGACGACUUUCCCGGCUUGGACCAGACAAAGCCCGACAUGACCCCCUACGAUGCCGACCGACAUCCCCUCGACCGGCGGGGACUGAUGUUCUACCGCGCAUGCGGCGACAUGCCGCCCGAUCCGAACCUCCAUCUCUGCGCACAUCUCUACGCCUCCGACCGGAACAGUUUGUACCUCAUCCCCAUGCAGAUGGGCAUCGGGGAUCUGUGGACGCAGAUGAGCAGUCUUGUGCACAUGACUUCAUUCCAUUCGUCCACGGAGGACUUGAUGUUCGGGCCGUCGAAGAGCAAUGUCCAUCCGAUGGAUGACACGAGCAAGCGUGGCAGGUGGUUUGCCAAUGAGGAUUGGUCGACGCGCUCAUCCAACGGACGCACCAUGUUUCACGGGAGGAUGUUUGCGCCGGACGGCACGCAGGUGGCCACUCUGACGCAAGAUGGGAUGAUUCGAUAUACCAAAAAGCCGCAAGCGACCCCCGAAGAAGCAGAGGAGUUACGGCGGAGACAACGGCAAUGGAAGGCCAAGGGGAAACUAUAGAGACGACGGUUGCAUGUCACUAGAGUACACACGCGCAAUGAUUGGUUGUCAGGCAAAGUCUACAAGCUUGAAAGC